AUGUAUUCCAACAGGACCCUUUGGGUCGAGGAUCGCUACGCAUUACGCUGCGGUGGGUGCGACGCCCGCUUUUCCAUUGUGCGGCGCCGCCACCACUGCCGCCAAUGCGGCCAGGUGUUUUGCCGCGACUGUCUCAUAGCGCCCUCCGCAACAGUCGCCCGAAACAUCAUCGCCGAUACCAUUUCUUCACUUGUUGGGUUUCAGCGCGAGCCAACAAUGAAGCUGUGCCAUAAGUGCAAGCGCAUUCUUGUGCAGCGAGGCGAUGUGGGCCAAAGGCCUCGGCCAAGACCAUUCCCCGCGAGGAGGACAAUCACACACACACCGACAAUAGCAGGCAGCCACUCCGCGAAUGGAGUGGCAGGCCAACACGUCGCCUCGGCGAAAACGAUGACGACAACAGCAGAUGCGGUGUCUCUGGAAGAGAGUACGAGGAACAAGAAUUCUUUCCAUGCAGGUGUCAACGCAGGGGAAAUGUCCUUCGUGUGUCAUGGGACUCAUCAGGCUUCAGUGUCGUUCUGUGACACACCACCGAGUGCAAUUUGUCAGCCACUGGUUAAAAGACUAUCGACGCACCCAGAGGAUAUGAAGCAGCAGGAAGUAGCGUAUUGUUUGGGGGAUGUCCCCAUGCACAGCCGCAAUGGCAUGUCGGAGUUGCUCGUCAGGUUGUUCAAGGAUGCACGCAAAAAAAAGGUAAGCAAGCCCCCUCAACUGACGGAGACGAUGAUCCAGGCGCGUGUGUAUGUUCCUUAUCCAAAGGCAUCCUUUCGCUACAUGGAGGGUGUCCCAGAACCAGUUGACUGCGCAAAUAUAUUUUCCUCAUCGCCAUUAACAGCGAAGAACUUGAGAUGCCUGGAGUGGGAAAGCUCCCGUCACUUGAUCAAGCGUGCUUCGCGGCUUUUCAUGCGUGAAAAUUCUUUAGUGUCAUCAAUGAAUGGAGCAGCGAUUGAUAAGAUGGAGUGGAUUGCUGGCGUAUGCGAUGUGUCCUGGCGGGUGGUAUCACAGACGGCUGUGGUACUGCAUAAUCGCGUGACGGAACAUUUUGAUGUUAUUUGCAUACCCAGUGGGACGUUUGGUGACACGGUAAUCAUUUCUGGAGUUGCGUUUGUGCAAACAGUCGCAUCUAAGCGAAUGAAGACGUGCGUGAAUUCACCCAGUAUUCUCCUCCUCGGGGGAGACGUGGGCACCACAUUGAACCCAGGCACCGACCUUUUGGAGCAUCUGAAGGGAUAUGAAGGAUACUUGGAUAAGCAGUAUCAACGCAUAGAUCUCUGGAAGCCCUCGGUGAUUGUUGUGGAGGGCAACAUGCACCAUUACCUACAGGAUAGAAUCCUUCGCCAUUCGGAGGCCACACUUAUCCUUCAUGCGGGGGGAACUGUUAUGGAGCGUCUUGCUGCAUGCUGCAACGCGAGUGUGGUCCAGGAUCUGCAAUACGUCAGCCUAGAAGACCUGUACAACGCCUCUGUGCUUGGGACAUGUGAGACAUUCCAACUUGUCCAUGUUGGUGGUAAACCUGUUUGUAUGUUUAAGGGACUUCGAGCGGCUCUAUUUACCACAGUGCUCCUCCGUGGAGGAGAUGGGAAGCAGCUGGAGGCUGCCAAGAGGUUACUGGUUAAUUGCACCACUACGGCAUACCAUCUCGCCAUUCAAGCUCACUGUCUGUUUGAUCUGGGUAUAAAGUAUGUGUUACCGCUUCCGGAUGCUACUGUUGCUGCCAAAGUGGUUGUCAAUGAGGAUAGUAAUAAUGGCGGUUCACCUCCAUGGGGGGAGGCGUCGUCCUCGCACAUGCGUGAGUGUGAAGAAUACAUGCAGCUGGUCGCCUGUUCGCCAAGGAUUGAGGAUCGAGUUGAGGCGCUAACCAUGAAUCUCGGUGUUAGCUUCUCUGAUGAAGUGGCAAAUAUAGAUGAUGAUUACGACGACUUAAUGUUGGAUAGCAUUAUUGUGAAUACUGUUUUCCUCGAUAGCAAUGCGAGUAGUGCAGGGGUAGAGAAUGCACCUGGGGGUGUGUCUGGGACAUCCCCCAACGACGGUGUACGACAGUCUCGCGAGGUGUUUCCCUUCUAUUGCGAGGGAGAUGAGACGCUCCUGGAAUACUUGGCGGGAAGGGCAAAGGAGAGUGAUUCCAUGCACAUCAUCCUGCACGGUAACAAGCGCAUCUGGGUAAAGACAGCUACUGACUUUAGCAGUCUCCAAGGAAGGCGCACGGCUGUUGCACAUGGUGCCUCGCAGCAGCAGCAGUCGUUGUCGUCGUCGUCGUCACGCCCCUCAUUAGCACAGUCUUCCUUGUCAUCUCUCCUUUCUGGGAAGGUUCGUGAUGAAAGUCACAUCCUACCUGUGCGCGGGUAUGCUUCUUGUAAGGGUUGCUUCGACAGCGCUGGAGGAAGUUUGGCCUCCUCAACGGCUGGGUUGUGCUCGUUGCACACACUCAAUCUUUCAUGGGGAGCUUUCCUGGAGCUUCUUAUAUACGGUUCAUCUUCAUUUUUUUUAGCAUGUGGGCACAAUCUAAGUCAGAGCUUCUGUAUCUCUUUUGUUGUCUCUCCCAACUCCGGUGUGGAUGUCACAAUCGUUAUCAUGGUGGAGGAUCUUACCGUGUAUAAUAUUGUCCCUCCACCCAUGACAAUGCCGUCUUCUGGCGAUGCCCCCGAGAGGUAUUUGAAGGGUGAAAUUGAGGAGCUGCAGCGGUGUGUCGUAGAAAUACGUGCCGCUAUCCACACAGCAUCCACUGCGGUAGCUACCCAACAGCCACCCUCAACGGUACCGUCGUCUUCGUCGCCGCCGGCUCUACAAAAAGGCGAGAAUUCUCCCUUUUCUUCAGCACUUCACACGCGUGGCGCCAGUAUGGCUGUGGAUUUGCCAUCUUUGCAUGAUGAGCAGGCGAUGGCGUUGCUGCAACAGACGGAGAACCUCCUCAACAAGUUGCCGUCUCUGGAUACACUGGAAGGUGUUAUAAUAGUGCGCCUGGAUGAUCUGGCAAAUCUUGUAAAUUCCUUUCAGGAAUGGUAUAACGCAAAGGUGCCAGUCGCGGAGCGUCGUAUUGGCGGAAAACCCCCUUUCAUUGUGGAUACAACAAAGCUCGAGGACCCUUACUGGGCAUAUAGCCUACAUGAUGCUUGCGUUAUUCGAUUAAAUGAGCCAACUUCCCUCGUCGCGGUGGCAAUUCAGGCGACAUCGCUUGUCACCGACAGUAAACCUGAAUUCCCUCGAGGCAGCACAAGUUCUACUGAGACCCACCAAUUUCCCAAAGCAUCCCCAAGUGAACAGAUUGAAGAUUCUGGAUCCCCACCCGCAGCGAACGAGCCACGUGAUGUAGAUCUUGAAGAAACCAUGGAGGACAUGCUUGGUAUAGGACCAUCUGUGUCACCAAACAUCCAACCACACACACCAUGCAUGCGCUCCACAGCCGACGCGCUAGACGUCCUUGCUGGUCGAGGGGGGACAGUAAAAAGAACAUUCAAACAUGCCAUGGAGGUGUUGAUUCCGUGGGACAAAACAGAACAAGUGAGUGUAACAGUGGAGGUAAUGUUUCCGGAGCAGUUUGCGGCGUUGCGGUACAUGUACACUGAAGGACGAGUCCAUGAAUUAGCACCUUCCCUCUCCCGCUGCCGGGCGUUCAAGCCGCAAGGAGGUAAAACCAAGUCGUGCUUUUUUGCCACACUGGAUGAUCGUUUCGUUAUGAAACAGCUAAAGCAGGCGGAAUUAAAGCAUUUUGCCGAAUUUGGACAAAACUACUUUCUCCACAUGUGCCAAAUGUACACCAAUAUAAAAAGCACUACCGGGGACAAUACGAAUGUACCGUUUGGUACAAUCCUCGGUAAGGUUUUCGGUGUUUUCUCUGUGCAUAUCAAGCGGCAAAAGCGAUGUUUAGACAUCCCGGCCGAAAUAAGAUACUAUGCUCUAAUGGAGAACGUAUUCUACUCACGUCAAGUUGGCAUAACUUACGAUCUCAAGGGCAGCCAGCGAAACCGAACGGCGCAGGAAGGGUCGUCCGUCCUUCUCGAUCAAGACCUUGUUGCUACCUUCCGACAAGGUUCAUUCUUUUACUGCCGGAAUGAGGCGAAGAGUCUUCUUAUGGACCAAUUAACGUACGAUGCCCACCUUCUCUCCACGUCGUCUAUUAUGGAUUAUUCGCUCGUUGCCGGCCUUAACCACGGAAGUGCUCAGUUAUACCUCGGCAUCAUUGAUUACCUUCACCCUUACACGGGUGCCAAGGUAAUUGAGUCCAAGGUAAAAGCGGGUAUUGAAACGGUUCUUGGCCACCCGGGGCGGGAUCCCACCAUCAUUGACCCCGUCAGUUAUAGAGUGCGGUUCGCCAAACGAAUGAAUGAGUGCUUCUGUGGGGUACCUGAAAAGACAUUUGCAGUCAAGCGCUUAAUGGCAAAGAAGAAGAAACGCAACUCUCAAUAG